UUUUUUUUUUACAUUUGUUGAUUGCCACCGUUCUUCGGGUUAGUGUCUAGUUUUGAGGCCUAGAGUAUGUUCAACCAUUUUUAUUCCGGUUUCUGGAUAUCUUAGUUUUAUUUGGGGCAACUAUAUAACAAAGACAGUUGAGCAGCGGACUUCCACUUUUAGAGACAUAUUCCUCUGAGUCUUCAUUGGUCUUUGGGUUAGAACAUCGCAGUCUGUUUUAUCAAGAUGGAGAAUGAGUUACAUAAACAUGAAGUCCACCUGAGAUGCAUGUGAAGCAGGGAUGUGCACAGCUAGUCAUCUGUGACAGAGUCGGGUUAAUUGUUAGCUGUUCAGAUGCCAACUAGAAUGUAUGUGUGUGUGUGUGUGUGUGUGUGUGUGUGUGUGUUUGUGUGUUAUCUCUGCUGUUAUCGCUUGGAGAUUCAAAUCUGAGUUUGGGAUAAGAAGUGGCGCCCGUCUAAAGGUAAGGAAUCAUGUGAAAAGUACACUGUUGAUAUAUUCACGUAUCUUUUAUGUCUAACAAUGUUUGCCACAGGUUUGCCUGUCCUUGGAUGUUCCUCAGUGAAUUAAUAUUAUGAAAACUGAAUGCGAAUAAUGGUGCUUCCUGGACAAAGUAGAUCAAUACUGUGGUGUCUUUCAUUGACAUUUUGCUUAAUAUCUAUUAUAAACCUCUAUUCAGGUAGAAUUAUUUUAAGGUUAUUUCAUGGUUAACAAUCGGAAGAUUCGCAAUGAGAACAGUGAUGCUGUUUGUCUCAGUCUCAGAUAAAGCCAAAUGACAGCUAUAUAAAUUGUGGAUAUUUGGGGGAGAUUUGAGUGAAAAAUCUCUGAACCUCACUUGUCAGUCUGUCUAUUUGGUAUCGUAUAUAGUUAUGGUGGUGUAUAGGGAGUAGUGAGUGAAAAUCACUGUUUCUGACCCAGACAGCAAGCAGUGUCGGCCCACAUCUGGCCCGCAUGGAUUUCACACGGGCCAGAUGUGGGCUGGAUCUGGGCCAAAACUAUGUUGCUGUCUGGGGAGUGUAAUGUGUAAUGUGUUAAUAACAAUAUAGGAAAAGCUCUCUAAGAAAUCUGAAACUUACUCAUCUUGUCAAUAGUAGUUUGUGUUGGUUUUAUUUGUGUGUAUCAUUUAGUGUGUAGGUAGGAAUUGUUGAAACACUGGGAUAGUUACAUAGCAACAGCAAGUUAGAGCUGUGCUGUAAUUAGCGUACAUGCAACUUUUUAGCUAUCAUGAACAGUGAACAACAUUCUUACAUUAAUGUUCAUUUCUACUUAUACAAAUACAUUAGUAAUUCAAGUUGAAGAAUUGAAUAUUUUCGAAUGUAGUAUGAACAAACAUGAAUGAACAGUGAUCAGUAGUACAUUUGUAAAUGAACAUUAAGCUAGAUUAAGCAAAAGUUAGAUGAGAAAGUACUACUUUUUAAAAAAAAUCCUAAAUCCUUGAAGUUCAUAUCAAGUAUUUUUAUGUAUAACAAUAAUUCAGCAGCAUGCUAUUUAAUUCCUGGUUUCUUUGGAACUCUGUGUAGAGGUACACUGUGUUCUGACUUCAAAGUUAACCAUGCUCAUUGGCCAGCUUUUGAACUCUACAAAUAAAGUGGAGAGCCAGCAGAGACGAGUACAUCAGUCAGAGAAGCUCUUUACUGUAUAACGUAUAUGGUAUUUAUAUUGGAGAUCACGGGCCUUGCACUGCUUUAAUUAUUUACAAGCCUGCAUGUAUUUGAGCACUGGCUUGUAUUGAGCUGUAUUGGUAGUGCUUUGAUUUGAGACGGUUCUGUUCUGUUCUGUCCUUGGCUUUAUGCUGUCACCCCCUCUUUCCAACCAAACCAUAUCAAGUGUCUCUUUCAAAGGAGUAUUGUGUUGGUCAGAGCCUGCUCACCUCUAGCCAAUCCUGGUCCCUCUCCUCCUUCUUAUCACGUGUUUGCUUCAAUCACGGUCAGCCUGGAGAAUGACUGAACAUGGAAAGUCCCACCCACUUUUGUUGGUUAUUAAACACAUGAAUUUGGAAAUGGAUCAAAACUUGGGAUAUCUGCUGGAAAGACUGAUUGCAUUGCAGGUUUGUCUUUCGCCUCAUGCCUCAAGUUAAACAUGAUUGUCACGUGUCGGUGGAAUUGGUGGCACUGAAAGUAAGCUUGAGUUAACCUUUAGUUUGUCUUGCUAAAAUGCAUUUAGAAAAUAUUCAGUACCUUAUUUUUGUUACAAUAUUGUAGCGAAGUUAUUGAUCAUUUGAGAGUUGUUGUCAGUUGUGAAAAGUAUUUUUACAAGUAUGAUAAACGUUUGACAAAAAAGGAAAAAGUCAUCUUAACUGACGUAUUGAUUUGUGUUUGUUUAUACUGUAAAUCUUUAAAGUAAGUGAGAGUAUGGGCUGCAUAAUGGACCAUCCAGAUAAUGGCUGCAUGAAUGUGUCUGUCUCCAAAUCAAUAGCCAAAUCCUAUUUAAUUUACUCAUGCUAUUUAUUUUCAGUAGGUUUAGCAUCAGUAGCCACCUCAGUGUCUUAAUUGUAGAGAACAUACAAUAAUUUCCUAUCUGUGUAGACUGAGAAAACAGAUUCUUUGCGAUAAAGUCCUUGAUUAGCACAUACCUGAUGCACAAAUAAAUGGAUUUUUAAAAUAAGCUUAAUUAACAAAAAAAUGUAUGUGAACUCUUCUACUGAGUUUACAGUAGAAUUGUAAUAUUAUGUAUUCUAUAUUAUUUAUGUGUUAUAAUACUCGCUUUCUCUCAGAUUUUUUGCAGUCGAUUCUAGUCAGUGCUUCUUGACUGUAGUAUAAACUGAAACUUUGGCUAUUGUACUGUAGUUGCUAGGAGACAAAUUGAUUUGAGUUGAAGUGCAUGUGAAGCAGAUGUUAUUGUGUAUAAAUAAAUAGAUCUGUCAGAGUGCCCAUAACAUCUUGACACACACAGUCACCUGCAUUAGCAACACUUAAAACACUAUAAUGCCUUUAACCUUUAACUUGGCCUUUAGGUUGCUUGAAGUAAUCUAACGUGAUGAGCUCCACGAGCACAAGACAUCAAAACAACAGACAUUAAGAAUACAAGUGUUUUUCCUUGUUAGAUUUCCGUCAUGUCUUUUAGAUCAAUUUCUGGCUUUGUUUGUUUUCUUCUCCUUUUUUUAUUAAUUAACUAUUUACCAAUUGAUUGUAAUAUGCGUAAUAAUAAUGUUUAUAGUAAAAAAUGGACUAUAUUUUUGUCUGUAUUUAUUCAGUCUGUCUACACAAAAUUAAGACUGAACUGUUGAUCCUGUGAACAAUGGAUGAAGAUCUGAAGAAGCCGAACCCUCACAAUGGGAGCGUCUCAGGGGCUUUGGAUGCCAAAAAGCCCGAUCAGCCAAAAGCAGCAGUUCUGCAGAAGAAUGUGGGUCUCUUAAGCGGCAUCUGUCUGAUAGUGGGAACAAUGAUCGGCUCAGGGAUCUUCAUUUCUCCCAAAGCGGUUCUGGAGGGGACUGGAGCAGUGGGUCCAUGUCUGUGUGUGUGGGCGGCGUGUGGAGUGCUGGCUACGAUGGGGGCCCUCUGCUAUGCUGAACUGGGCACAAUGAUCAUUAAGUCUGGUGGAGAGUAUCCGUACCUAGCGGAGGGUUUUGGGCCAGUGCUGGCAUACCUAUAUUCCUGGACCACGAUCAUCGUGUUAAAGCCUUCGUCAUUUGCCAUCAUCGCCCUGAGUUGUGCCGAAUACGCCUCUGCACCGUUUUACCCAGGGUGCACUCCUCCUGAAGUGGUCACCAAGUGCCUGGCUGCAGCUUGUAUUGUAAUUAUUACAGUCGUCAACUGUCUGAGUGUGAAGCUGGCCAACAGAGUGCAGAACAUUUUUACAGCAGCCAAACUCUUGAUUAUUGUCGUCAUCGUGGUUUCAGGCAUCGUUCUGAUGGCUCAAGGCAAUACACAGAAUCUCAAAGACCCAUUUUCAGGGGCAACAACAUCAUUUGGAGCAAUUGGCCUUGCAUUUUACAACGGACUAUGGGCUUAUGAUGGAUGGAAUCAGCUUAACUUCAUAACAGAAGAGCUGAAAAAUCCGUACAGAAACCUUCCCCUGGCAAUAAUUAUUGGGAUUCCCCUGGUAACUGUGUGCUAUAUAUUUGUCAACAUUGCAUAUUUCAGUGUCAUGACCCCUACUGAACUUCUGCAGUCUUCUGCCGUUGCUGUGACCUUCGGUGACAGAGUGCUGUACCCAUUAUCGUGGAUUGUGCCUUUAUUUGUGGUCUUUUCCACUUUUGGUGCAGCCAAUGGGAGCUGUUUCACUGCAGGCAGGUUGACAUAUGUGGCGGGACGGGAGGGCCACAUGGUUAGGAUCAUGUCGUACAUCAGUGUGAAACGUUUCACACCUUCUCCAGCUCUAAUGUUUAAUGGCAUCCUGUCAAUCAUCUACAUCAUGCCUGCAGACAUAAACACUCUGAUCAAUUACUUCAGUUUUGCUCAGUGGGCUUUCUAUGGGCUCACAUGUCUUGCGCUCAUUGUUAUGCGAUUCACGAGGAAGGAGCUUCAGAGACCUGUCAAGGUGCCGAUAGUCAUCCCUGUUCUGGUGGUGAUUGUGUCCUGUUAUCUGGUUCUUGCUCCCAUCAUAGACAAGCCUGAGUGGGAAUACCUGUACUGCACAUUGUUCAUAAUCGGUGGUCUUCUCUUAUACGUACCCUUCAUUUACUACAAAUUCAACUGGACUCGCCGCAUCAUGAGGCCGCUCACCAUGCACCUUCAGCUGCUGCUGGAAGUCGUUCCACCUGAAAAGACUGAGUGACAGAUAUCACACUGGAUGUAAUAACCAGCAGUGGACCACAGACUGAUCCAUGGAAAUGUGGAUAAAGGAUCCUUUAAGGGAACAUGGCUGCACAUGGACAGAUUUUUUUUUUUUUUUAUUAUUUCUUAUGCCUGACCCAGCCAUUGUUUUACAAGUUUUUCCUGAGUCACAGGGAGGGAUAUGUUUUUAUUUUAAAGAAUAACAUCAUACUUCCAUGAACGUCUGUAAAUUCAGAAUAUUUCCAGUUUAUCUAACUUAUAAUUGUGUGUUGUUGGAAGCAAGUUUGUUGUACAGAAUAGCAAGGAUAUUUUUUCCAAGUUUACUGAACUGAAAUUUAUGAAUUGAAAAGAAAUUAUCCAAAUUAAAAUGAUGUUUCUUUGAAUGCUAAACAGAUGUUUUCAAACAGUGACUUUAGGACAACCCAGUGUUUGAAUAGACUCAGACUCAUAAAAUCACAGCAGAUUAAGAAUUGUAGUAAUGUGCGUCUUUAAGUAGCCUAUUAAAGAGUUACUUGUAGUGCAACAGUGGGGUUCUGGAAUUAAAAAUCCCAUUCAUUUUCUCCAUAUAGGGGAAUUAUUAAAACAAUCGUGUGGAAUUCUGUUGGACUCUAUACCUUAGAGAUGCUUAGAUGAGUCUAAAUAAUAAAUGACAUAUUUUAACUCUUUA